UAGUCUACUGUUACAGUGCUGGCAUGAGUAGCACCAGCAGCAGCCGGGCAGGCAGCAGCCGGGCAAGCAGCAGCAAGGAAGCGACCACCAUCCGAGUUGAGAGCAUCAGCAGCAGAGCUGGCAGUAACACCAGGGUGAACAGCAGCACCAGCAGGCCCAGCAACAUGGCCAAAGUCAGCACUGAAGGUACCGUCAGUGUGGGUGGCGCCAGCAGCAAUAUUAGUGUGUGGGAUGUGGCUGUCAUGGAAUCCAGAAGGAGACGUACUGAAGGUUCCAGCCUCGAGCUGGAUAAGCUGCCCAGGGAAGCCACACUGCUCAUCGUCGGAACUCGCUCUGCGGGCAAGACGACGCUGAUCCAAAGGUUCCUAGACAGAGAGGAUGUUCCCCGCCAGACCCUGGCACUAGAGUAUACCUAUGGAAGAAAAACUGGUAAAACUAUGGUCAAAGACGUGUGUCACCUAUGGGAGCUGGGGGGAGGAGCACUCUUCACCCCCCUACUAUCCACCCCCCUCACCACCCGGGUCAUGACCUCUCUCACUCUCCUACUGAUGGUUGACCUCUCACGACCUCACACCAUCUGGUCUGACCUCGAGACACUUCUCUCCUCCCUCAAGUUACAGGUGAACAAGGUGGUCGCAACAGUGCCAGGGCUCAGGGAUUCACUGCAAGAGGCUGCCAAGAAGAGGAUUCACUCACACCACCAGGUGGAUCAGGAAGUGACGCCGUUCCUGGUUCCUCUUGUGAUUAUAGGAGGAAAGUACGACAUUUUUAAGGACCUGGAACCUGAAGGCAAGAAGCUAAUAUGUCGAGCACUUAGGUUUGUGACACACACACACGGGGCAUCACUACACUUCUUCUCAGCUAAGGACGCAGGUCUGGUCAAGAAGACCAAGGAACUUCUCAGCCAUUACGCUUUUGGCACCACGGAGAGCCGGAGCCUAGCACAGGACUACAACCAGCCACUGAUCAUCCCAGCCGGCAGUGACAGUCUGGCUACCAUUAACAUGAAUGAUGAGCUUAACCUGGACUCCUGGAGGCACCUGUACACUACUAGGUUCCCUCAGGAAAAUGAGGAGCGGUCUUCAGUAUUACCGGAGGAUCCUAGCAGAGAUCCUACCUAUGCUGAACCUGACGUAGAUAACCUCAGGACCCAGAAAGACGAGGAACUAGAGAGGAUCAGACGAGAGGUUGGCCGGAACACUGGACGCUGGGCAGAACUUGACUUAUUUAGUGUGACCUUUUCCCCUGUUUUGAAAAAUUAG